UAUCGCGGCGCAUUCUCUUAUACCGCGCGUACCAGCCCGUGUAUCCCGCACAUGUAUUUCGCGAGUGUAUCUUUGUGAAUUCUCUUGUGAUCUCUGGAUGUUUUGCGUGCAUCAUGGGUGGACGACUAGUGUUGUUGUUAGUGCUGUGCACGGGACUCGUGACCGCUGAGAGGAAACUUACUGUAGUUGAGAAAAUCAGAGGAGAUGGGGACCUCUCGCAGUUUCUAUCGCUGCUGGAACGCAAUGUGGUGGCGAACACUACCCUACAUUACCGGCAGAUGACUCUGUUCGCUCCGACCAACGAGGCAUUCCAGAGGUUCAACGGAGAAUUGGACGACUCUCUCGUACUUUAUCAUAUAGCAAACCUGGCGACUACUUUAUCGAAUAUGGACUAUGCGAUAUCAACGGAUCUGGAUGGGAACCCUCCAUUGUGGGUGACGACGCGGCGGGGUUCGAUGCAUGACGACAUUUACGUAAACAAUGCCAAGGUCUACGUCAGCCGGUCCUACCAGGCUGUGAACAGGAACAAUAAGUUACAAGUACUCCACGUUAUUGAUCAAGUGCUACUACCGCUGCAGCCUCAUGGUUCUAGCUCCAUUAGUUCUCCAGUCUACAAUCCCAAUGCCUACCACUUUUUGGAACACUCCGACCUCUUCAAUAUUGGGCAGCAUCGGCUCAGGUCUUUCAGGCAAAAAGUGAACCAGCUUAAAAAGAGCAAAGUAUUUGAUUCCGACGGGAGACACACGUUCUUUAUCCCUGUCGAUGAAGGAUUUAAGCCGACAACUAGAUCCGAUUUGAUAGACGAGAAGGUUAUAGAUGGCCAUGUAAUUCCUCAUCAUGUGUUGUUCACUCAUGCCACGCCUGACGCUAAGGAAUUUGAGACGCUAGCAUUCGGAGACAAUGUCAAGGUCAUCAUAUCGUUCAAGACCGUUAUGAAUGGAAAGGAUGAAAUCACCUACGUAAAAUCAAACACUGUCGCUGGAGACGCGAAGCACGCUCGAGGUGUGGUUCUCGCUGAUAUCGUUAGAGCGAAUAUUCCUGUCAAGAAUGGAGUCGUUCAUCUCAUUCAGAGACCUCUUAUGGUUGUCGACACUACCGUCAUCGACUUCCUCAAGGCUAUGAAGGAAAAAGAAGAUGGACCUCUUUGUAAAUUCUAUGAAGUAAUCAUGGAUCUCGGAGCAAACAACCAAUUCUUCAACGAGCUCACUUUGGCGAAAGACAUCACUCUAUUUGCGCCCUCAAAUGAAGCGUGGGCCGACUUCAGCGUGCAAAAUAUCAUUAGGAACCAUCAAAAGCUGAGAGAUAUUCUGAACUUGCAUUUGGUUCGGGAGAGGUUGCCGUUGGACGCAAUCAUUCACAACAACAUGAAUCAGAUCUACCAAGCACCAACGGCUUCUCCUCGCAAGUACCUGUAUUUCAAUGUUCUGACGCGUGCUCAGAAUCAAACCCUAACCGUUGAAGGUGGUGGCGUUAAUGCUACUGUCACACUUCCUAACAUUGCGGCGACGAACGGCUUCGUACAUAUCAUCGACAGAGUACUGGGAGUCCCUUACACUACAGUCUUUGAGAAAUUGAAAACGGAUCCAAUGCUGAAUAUUACCUACAACUUGGGUAAGCGGCAGAUGUUCAACCAGCAGCUAAAUGAUAUGGAACAUCGCUACACAUACUUUGUUCCUCGUGACCACGCCUGGUUGAAGUUCCAAAUCAAACAUCCUUCAGCCUUCAAAUCGCUGUUUAGGGAAGACUUUGGUUAUUUCACGAAACAAAUUUUAGAGCGACAUGUUAUUCGAGCCGGGCGCGCGUACACUGUAUCUGAUUUAAAACUUCUCGCGAACGAAACACAUCCCUUCGUUCUGCCGACUUCACGCGAUCCACUCCGGCUGCGUGUCAAGGAAUCUGAUAAGAACUACUACGUUGAAUGGAACGGCCACUGGAUCCACGUAUUCAGGCCCGACGUCGAGUGCACCAAUGGCAUCAUCCACGUCAUCGACGAGCCUUUCGUGCUGGAGAGUGACAUCCGGGCGACUGGAGCUGCCCACAAAGUUGACCUCGCCUAUUCCUACUUCGUACUCUUCCUCUCUUUCUGUUUUGUAAGAAUUUUUGAAAAUUAAACGUCCUCUGGUUUUUGUUGAGUCAAUUAUACGUUCGUAUGAUUUAUUGGCCAAAGUGGUUUUGAAAUCUGUUUCCGAAUUGUAAUUUAAUAAUGCUCGUUGUUGCAUUAAAGGCAAUGGUUUGAUUUUCGGGUGUAUUCAUAUUGCGUUACCGUAGUUUUUGUGUAGUUUAAGUAUAAUAUGAAGAAUUUGCACUGAUUCGUUGGAACGUAAUACCUAUUAUAAGAUGUUAUUAAAAUAACUCGAAGAUAUUCACUGCCAUCAUUUUUAGAAUCUUCUAAUUAAACAAAUUUUAAAACGAUAAUUAUAAUGCCGUAUUUACGUAAUAAAUUGAAACUGUCCCUAUAUUAAUCGAAAUUGCAAAUUAAUUUCAUCUGAAAUAUAAAUUAGUGUAUGAAAUAUAUAAUAUUUUAUAAUAAAAAAUAUAUAAGUAAGACGUUAAGUCGUAUAGGUAUUUAUUUCUACAAUUACCGUUGUUAAAGUUUGUUUAGAUUAAUUAUAAUGAAUGAAUGAAUCUUGAACUCCACUUAAUUUUGGGUCCCUUGUGCCUUUUUUAAAACCAAAGUACUAAAAUUAAUUCAGAAUAUACCUUUCCAAAUUAUUAUUUACAAGAGGUGUAUUUACUUUAAAUCUUAAUUCCUAUACAUUCCAUGUUAUGAGUAUCUUAAAGAUUAUUAUAUAUUAACGUAAAUAUAUAUUGUUGUUACCACUGAAGUACCCAAAUUGACGUUCAGUUAUUAAAUAUCUUCGACUGAAAAAGUAUAAAUUGUAAAAAGCAAAAAGCAUUAAUUUGUGUAAGUAGAGUUAUUCAUUCGUGUCAAAUUAAUUGGUCUAUAACUAAGGAUUUCUGGAGUGAGAAGAUUAUCUGAAGUGAUCGAGAACGCUUGCAGCCCAGUAAUACUAAGUUCAUUGAAUAUUUCAAACUAUUACAAUGAUUUGAAUUAAGUAUUUUAGGAAAUGGCCGCUUGAGCAAGCAAGCUGCUAUUGGCUGAACAAGGCUGGCAGUCCCGACAUACAUAAAUAACGACAAAAAUCAGCCGCUAUGCUGUGAAUACCUUUAAUAGUUUUUUAACCUUAAUGUUUCGUAAUAAAGGUGAAAAUCUGUUAAUGAUAACGACAUUGCGACUGAUUUCUAUCGUUAAACUUAUCGAGACUUCCAACCAAGGUCUUUCUAUCAUUAUUAUAAGCAAUGGAAAGUAUUUAAUGAAAGUAUUCGUAAAUUGAGAGCGAUCAUAAUAUUAUAAUAAAAUGUGUAUAUAGGAAUGAAUGGGCUUAUAAUUAUGAUGGUGCAUUUGUGGUUCUCUUACGUUUACUAAGCAAAUGUAAAUAAUUUAUAUAAGUUAUCAUAGUUCAUUAUAGUUAUUGUAUAAUUUAGUAGCUAUUACUUGAAUACGACUGAAAUUUUAUCACGUUACAUACAUAAAAGUAUUUGGAUUUGAACCGUUUUUUGAAUUAACAGAAAUGCUGCUUCCGCGCUUUAAAGUUUUGACGUCGACGUUUUCUAUGGAGAGGAGAGUGAUUUACAAAACUGUUUAUGUACUUACAUUUACACAUACAAGGCCACUUUAUACUGAUGUAUACAUGAACCGUAUUUGGAGUAGAUUUACAAGUUAAGGCAGCAUUUAUUAGUGAAUUCUUACUAAUUAACAUGUACUCGAGUGUCCUGUUGAAAUCAGUGUAAUAGAUAACAUUGUCUGUCGCUUUAUAGAAUAAAUUUACAUUAAUAACUUUGUAAGCAAAUAUUCAAGUGAUGUCUAUAUUGAGCCAAAGCUAACUGCUACUUCGGAAUAUCAAUAUUACCUUCCUAUGAUUAUUAUAAGGUUUGAAUAUUACAAUAGAUACUAGAAUGUCAUAUAGCCGAUAAAAUUAAGAUUUGAAUGUUCAUGGAAGCGAUCAUAUUAUAAAAUUGCAUUUUUAAUACUAUACACUAGUGUAACGUGGGACGUAUUGACCCAAGACAAUAUAAUUCUGACCAAAUAUUCAACCAAAUAUUUGGUUAAGUACGAAAUUGGAAUUCAAUUAAUUAGUGAAUGUUUCGGUGUAAUAAAAUCUAUGUCAAAUUAGUGAAGACGUUAUGGGGAAGUGUUUAAUGACAAAGAAUUUAUGUGUAAAAUAUACAUAUUGAACUUCU